AUGGAAGCUUCAGUACAGCAGAAAGUGAUAUUCGAUCCGGAAAACAACUACAAGAUCAGGGUGAUUGAGCCUGAGCAGUUCAAGGAAACGCAAAAAUUAAAGACAGGUUGCGAUCAAUUCUCGACAGAAGUGAACGAAUUUAUGACUAAUGUUAAACAGUUCUUAGAAUUUAUGGAAACACAAAGCAGACGUGUAGAAGAUCAGAAGCUCAGAUCAAUCGCAUUACGUAAUCGCGUUCAGGAUGAAAUUGAAUCCAGAAAACGUGCUCAGGAUGAUCUUCAGAAUGUAAUAGAGGCAAAACAGAAGCAAUUAGAAAGAUUAUCAGCAGAAAUUCGAUCUUGGGAAGAAUAUGAAAGACAACUUUCCGAAAACAAAGAUAAAUUAGCUAUGAUUUAA